CGUGCGGACAGAUGAAAGCACAGACCAAUCCCACUGUUGUUCCGUCUGGAUCACUUCUGAUACAGCCAGGUCAGGCUAUGUCAGUUCAACCGGGAACCAUAACCAAUUUGCAACCGGGGGUCCCCGCUCCCAUGUCCCAUCAAGGACUACACGUUUGGGCGCCUGCACCAGGAGGUACGAUUAACAUGUCUGGUUUAGGUGCUGCUCCUCGUGGUCAUCCCGGAAUGGUUACUCUACCUUCUGGACAGACAGUUCUGAUGACAAACUUGGUUACCACAGCCAGCACUCCACCGAUGCCUCUCCCGGUCUCUUCGCCUAUGUCAAAACCACCACUGCAGGCUCCUCCAGUGGGAAAUCCAAUGAUUCUCUCCGGUUCAACACAGCAACCAAUCGCAGUUCCCAUGACAACUCAUCACUUGACAUCCACGGUGAUUCAGGGACCUAACGGACCCAUAUCAGUUGCAUUACCAAACUCAUUACUUCCAACCUCAUCAAUGAACCACCCACUGGGCACCGGAGCUCCUUCUUACGUUUCCACUGCACACGGGCAGACCAGUUCUGACCCAUCUGUACAAGGUUCUCAAUUCAUCGAGCCAGUUCAAACAAACUAUUCUUUCCCAACACCUGGGUAUCAAACCGUAAUUCCAAGUGGUCAAGUCGUGUUAGAUCAGAGUGGGAUUAAUCUCCAACCCCCCAACUCAUCCCAGCCCAAGUUUGUUGCUAUGACUACCGUGCCUACCGUGCAACCGUCACCUGUCGUCCAACCACCAAUUUCGUUUCUGUCUGAUCUGAAUUCUGACUGUGUUGCCGUCAGCUCCGUAUCGACCUCUAUAGCUCCUGUUUCCUCACCCAGUCCGACCAACCAACUGCCAGUGACGAGUCACAGUGGUAUUGGCGAAUCUUCCGUAGUUUAUCUAAGUCCAGUAAAUAGAGCUCCAUCAACUAUUGCACAACAAACGGUUGCGUCUACAGUGGCUACGCAACCUAGCACUAUGGUACUUUCUUUGCCACAGUCGAACACCAAUGAUUGCAAAACAAUCACCCUUUCUAAUUCUACUGAACCUACUCUGCCGACACAAUCGACAAAGGAUGAAGUUGCUGCAUCUGGCACUGCAGUUUUCACACCUGCAUCACUAACCCAAUUAAUCUCUGACCUCGAUCCGCAACUCCAACUUGACUCAGAAGCAUAUGAAGUCCUGGUCAAUUUGGCAAACGAGUUCAUCGUUUCGGUGGCAUCGAAAGCGCAGAAGCUGGCUUCACACCGCGGGUCGUCGAAUGUUGACGCGAAGGAUAUACAUUUUUGUCUGGAACGUGACUGGGACAUUUCCAUUCCUGGAAACCUAUCCGAAGAUCGUCCGCUCAGACAGAAUUCCGUGGUAGAAGCGCAUCGGCAACGUCUGGCUUUGAUCAAGAAACAAAUAAGAAAGAUGUGACGAUUGUCUUCACGUCCAACUUUGUACUUCCGCACUGCCCGAUACCUAGCCAUUUUAUUUCUUUCAAUCAACUGUUUUCCCGUAUUUUCUGAGUACAUACUUAUUACUUGUGUGCAUAUCCUUUUUAUUGUUCGAUGUGCCAUUGAA